CAGCUGUCAACUAGACAAGAAGGUCAACUCAAAAAGCUGUGGGGACAAUGGUUUUAUAUAUAUUUCAUAUCAGACUGGUUUGAUCCCAUUUAGUUAGCGAGGAGACACAGUUUAUUGUCUUGCAAACUGACUGUAGAAAGAGCAACAGAUUUAUGUUGUAGUAUAUUCUACAUAGAAAACGUUUGUGGGAAAUAAAGAACUGAAACGGAACAAACCUGAUCUGGCAGUUUGCAACUGCAGAACAACAUGACUGAUGAGAGCAUAAAAUACGACUAUGUCACAGACUAUGAAGACCAGAUGUGUCGCAAAGAGGAGGUGGUAAAAAUCGGAUCCAUUGUUAUUCCAAUUUUUUUCACAGCAGUGGUUGUAUUGAGCUGCAUCGGUAACAUCCUCGUUCUGGUAAUCCUCGCGCUCUAUGAGAGCCUCAAAUCCCUGACUAAUGUCUUCAUCCUCAAUUUAGCUGUGUCAGAUCUGCUGUUCACUUUUGGACUUCCAUUUUGGGCCUCGUACUAUAUCUGGGGUUGGACAUUUGGAGAGGUUGGCUGUAAAGCCGUUAAGUUUUUCUUCUAUGUCGGCUUUUACAGCAGCGUGUUGUUCUUGACUCUGAUGACCAUUCAGCGUUACAUGGCAGUGGUUCAUCCUCUGUCCGACUGGGAGAGAUGCAGAGGCCUUUCAGUCUCUCCUUUUAUCGUUUGGAUCCUGAGUGGAACGGUUGCACUGCUCGGUUCACUUCAUAGCAAAGUCAUGACAGAAUCUGACAGCAAAUUUUGUGAAUAUGGCAGUGUUGAAUGGAAAUCGGGCAUUGCUUAUUUUCAAAAUGCUUUUUUCUUCAUUGCAUUUGUAAUUAUGGGUUAUUGCUAUGGCAGAAUGCUUCGAGCUAUUUCAAAAUCACGGACUAAUAAGAGACACAAGACUGUUAGACUAAUAUUCUGCAUCGCACUGGUGUUUUUUAUCGGUUGGGCUCCAUAUAACAUUGUCAUGUUCCUAAAAUCUUUGACCUUCCAUCCAUUCACAGACUGUGAAGUAAGCAUAAGACUCGACUAUGCAUAUUAUGCUUGCCGAAUGUUAGCUUUCUCCCACUGUUGCUUGAACCCUGUGUUUUAUGUUUUUGUUGGCGUAAAGUUCAGGAAUCAUCUAAAAAUGAUUCUGCAGAAGUUCAUUCAAAAAAAAAAAAACUUCAAUUUCAGUCAAGCCGCACUGGCAAAAAAUCAGUCGCAGGGUUCAAUGUACUAAGAGAAAACUCCAAUACUUUUACCGAUUGCGAACCAACUUUGAAUUUUAAAAUACAGUAUGAAUGAUGUACAUAGUGAUGCUUUUGCAGCUAUUUUUCAUUAUUAUUAAUAUGUUGGAACUGAUUAUUUGAAAACUUUGUUGAGCCAUUGCUCCGCUUCUGCCAAUAUAACUACAACCGUUAGAUCUGCAUGAUUAAAAUUCAAAUAAAGUGCCACUUCGCAGGAUAAUUUCUCUCUAUCAAGCAGCGAAAGCAUUCAGUUGUGAGAAAAUCAUGUUCUAAAUUAUAACCGGUGUUCUUCCUUUCUGUGGUUGAAGUUCUUUUUUUUUAGUAAGUAAAAAUAUAACUGAAAGUACGUAAUGGAAGAACCAAAUCAACAAAUGUGUCAUCAUUAAUGCAGAAAAUAUUUCCAUAUGAAAUUAAACAAUAUCUAUUUUCCUUCUUCCAUGUAUUACUGUAUGACUUUCAUGUUUAUGUCACUGCUUGUACAGUUUAUUAAAUGGAUUAUGCAGAGUAAAAUAUACUGCAUGAGCAUAAAGUAUGAGUCCAGUUUAUGAAUCUGCCAAUACGCACUCUUAAAAAUAAAGGUUUUCUAUGAAGAACCUUUAAAAUCCAUCCAGAAAAGGUUCAUUAGAGUGGAAAAAAAGGUUCUUUAGAUUAUUGAAAUAUUCUUCAAACUAGGAAAGAAUUGUUCACUUAUUAAGGGUUCUUUGGAGAACCAGAAAUUGCUGCAAAAACCCCUUUGAUAUUUAAGAGUGUGGUCAGUUUUGUGGUCAAAAAUUACUGCCAGUGUUCACUAUGGACAUUUGUCAAUAGAUAGCUUUGAUGUUAUAUGACAAAACCUGGGAGAGCCAAUGAGUGUUUGAUAUCGCUGCCACAAAACUUGUUGUAAAACUUACUAAUGGCAAUUUUUUGUUACUAUAGCUGCAGAGGAAGGAGAUACAUACUGUAUCGCUGAUGAAUGGUUUGAAUUUGGAUCUUUUCCUCACACAAAGCAUCACAUGGAUACCGAGGAUUUGAAUAAAAAUAAAAUACUUUCAUGAUCAUUUUA